AUGAACACCACGGACAUCGAUGAAAGAGUUAACGGCGGGUAUCUUUCCACACGUAGGGCGUCAGAAUGUUUCUUGGACGCCCGCCACCCGGCUCUCAAGUCACCGGUCUCGCUGUCGGGUCCAGGCCGCGCCGCCGAGGACACGUUCAGCCGCCAUUUUGAGAACAUCGUGGAGUCCGCGCGCGCCAAGGGGACGUCCUACGACAGCCUGGACGCGGACGGUCCGGCCCCCCCGGAAAGGCCCGCCCCGUCCGACGCGACGGCGGCGGCCGACUCCGAUGCCGCGCGGGUGCUGUCUGGCGAGAGGCCGGGCGGCGGCUCAGAGGGGGAGACCCCCGAGAGGCGGGAGACCGACGGACGGCGGCCGGCGGACGCGGCGGCCGCUAAACGCUUGGCCCGCCGCCUGCGGGACCUGGACGGCUUCCGCAAGACGGACGUGGCGCCGCGGCUCGGCAAGAACGACGACUUUAGCCGCCUGGUGGCCGACGAAUACCUCAGACUCUUCGACUUCUCGCGCGUCGGUCUGGACCGAGCUCUCAGGAUGUUCGCAAAGGAGGUGGCCAUCUCGGGCGAGAGUGACGAGCGAGAGAGGUUGCUCUCCCACUUCUCUCGGCGUUAUUUUCUGUGCAACUCCUCGCUUUUCUCCUCAGAGGAUGCCCUUCACACGCUGACGUGCGCGCUGGUGCUGCUCAACGCCGACCUGCACGGCUCGAAUGUGGGCGAGAAGACGUCGUGGCCGCAGUUCGUCCGCAACUUGGACGGACUCAACGACGGACGACGCUUCCCCAAACGUCUGCUCAAGGCGCUGUACAAUUCCAUCAAGAAUCAGAAGCUACAGUGGACGCUGGACGAAGAGGAACUGAGGAAGUCCUUCUCAGAACUCGGGGACAGCCUGUCCGACUCGUCCAGACCGGUCAAGGCGGCGGCGGCGGGCGGCUCCGGCGACGACGGAACGGCGGACGAGCCGGCGUCUCGCGGGACGGCGCUCUACAAGAACGGCUUCCUGGUGCGCAAAGUGCACGCCGACUGCGACGGAAAAAGAACGCCGAGAGGCAAGCGAGGCUGGAAGACCUUCUACGCCAUCUUGAAGGGUCUCAUCCUCUACCUGCAAAAGGGCGAGUACCGCGCCGACAAGCCGCUGACAGAUGACGACCUGAAGAACGCCGUGUCCAUCCAUCACUCGCUGGCCAUCCAAGCGUCCGACUACAGCAAACGCGCCAACGUCUUCUACUUGCGCACCGCCGACUGGAGGCUCUUCCUUUUCCAGGCCCCCACGGCAGAACAGAUGCACUCGUGGAUCGCUCGCAUCAACACGGUGGCGGCCACCUUCUCGGCGCCGCCCUUCCCGCCCGCCGCCGGCUCCCGCGAGAAGUUUAGCAGGCCGCCGCUGCCGGGCAACGUGUCCAAACUCUCUCAGGACGAGCAGGCGCGCUCGCACGAGGCCCGUUUGCGGGCCGUGUCCUCGGAAUUGGCCGAACUGGAUUCUUGUCCGCCGGAUCGCAAACUCAAAGCCCGACAGUUGGACGACUUCCGGCGGAGGGACCAGCAUUUGCGCUUCGAGAAGACGCGCUACGAGACGUACGUGGCCCUGCUUCGGGCCAAGACGGAGGGCGGCGGCGAUGGCGGCGGCGAUGGCGGCGGCGAGGCCUCAGAGGAGGACGAGGCCGCUCUGAGCAGGACGCGCUCCAGCCCCACCCUGCUGGACGAAGGCCGGGCCGGAGAGGGCAAAGUUCGCCAGGACGUCCAGAGACACAGCUACAGACAAGCCGUCAAGAAGUGA